CAUAAUGGGUCCAAUCGAAACCGGGUUCGUAAUUUUGAUCAUUUACUGCACUGUUACGGUGGAAAACGGCCCAAUCCAACCACAUGUGAACAAAGUUUUUUUUCUCCUGGCCUGUCAGCGUAUUCGCUUGCGAAGAUGAUGGGUGAUUGUUGAUGGCUGGCAGGCAGGCAGUACAGUGAAUAGAAAUCAAUCUCAUUUGCCAACUAAAAUAACGUGCGAAACCAUUUCCAAAUGUUUUUGAAAACAAGAGAAAGUGGACAAUAAACAUUAACUUCGAAUCAGCAAAGCACAUGAGAAUGUCAGAACAGUUCCCACAGCAGCGGCAGAUUAUCAUGAUUGAAGUGGUAGCAGGGAAGAAAGAAUCAAGUCACAAGGAGGUGGCUGUGUCAAACUUUGCCUUGCACGAGUCCCACUGCCAGCGGUUCCUAUGCCUGUGUCCAGACUGUGAUGAGCCGGUUCCCAGAGAGCUAUUGGAGCAGCACCAUCAGAACCAGCACAGCCAGGUGAAGUGCACCAAUUGCGACAAAAAGGUGGAGAGUUGCCAGCUCCUGGACCAUGAGUGUAAGGCAAGGCUGCAGCGCUGUGAGUUCUGCCCGGUGGAGCUGCCGCUGUCGGCCAUGGCGGAGCACAGCUUGGCGUGUGGCAGUCGCACCGAGCGCCGCUCCGACUGCGGACGCUACAUCACCCUGAGGGACCAGCCGGAGCAUGGUCAGAUCUGCCCUGACCUCAAUGCUCCCGAUAACCCCUCCAACGGCAGGCGAACAGCAGUGGUUUGCAGGAGCUGUACGAGGUCCUUCCCAUUGGAGGAGAUGGCGGAACAUCAGCUGGAGUGUGACCACACAUCAGAGGAGUCUAAAGGUGAUGAUGAUGAUGGCAGCCACAAACAGGAGCAGGCCAGUCCUCGUUUGACCAGUUCUAUGAAGUCUACAUUGUUCUCAGCCCAAGGCAAGAGGCAGGAGGGGAAGUUGACCAGAUCAGCACCUGUCCCCACUGUCACCUGGCUCUCCCCGUAGUCACACUACGAUGGCAUGAGGUCAAAUGUCAGAUCCAUGUCAACUUCAAAUGAGAAACGCGCUCAGAACCUCUGAAGGAACACUCCAUGGUGAAUUGGCAUAGUGGAGGACAAGUUAUUUGUGAUUUAUUUGAGCAAAUUGCAAGUUAUUUUUCACAGAAAAUCUGUAUUUGAGGCAGUUGAGUUAUUUCUGGUGAUUGGAUGGGUUGGGUAAUAGUAAGAGAUGAUGACUUAUUACAUUAGUCAGGAUUCUUCUCUCUACAAGAGGACAAGAAUCCUAUUUUUACCAUUGUUGUAUAAUUAAGCAAUAAACCCAUGAGGUUAUUAGUGCAGUAAAGAUAUAUGUUUUGUCAUACCUGUGGUGUACAUUCUCAUAUGCCACGGCUGUCAGUCAAUCACCAUUCAGGGCUCGAACCACCCAGUUUAUAAUACAUUGUUUACAACAGAAAUACAGUAUGUUCUGAAAAUGGGAAUGUUUUCUCCAUUAAAGUUGUACAUUUUAAUAUUGGUUUACAAAUGUACAUAACUGAUUUAUCAACAAAAAAUAAAUCGCUGUAAUGCACACACAAGAUUACAUUUUUUCAUAAUAGGUCCAAAUGCUGUGAGCGUUUUAUCUUCUCCUAUUGUGAUGUCACAAGGUGUCCCUUUGGUUUCACGGUAACAACAAUAAAAGCUAUGAAGGUUCCAGAA